AUGAUUAAUUGCUAUUUACAUACACAGUUACUGGCCGUACAACAAAUUGGCGCGAGCUAUAUAUGCCCCGACAACUUCUUAUGCGUGCUAAAUCUACACGUGGUCUACCAAUUUCGUAUGCUGCAGAACACGUUAGUGAAUCUAUGGUCGAACAUCGACGAGCGAACAGAUAUCGUCGAGUACUCGAACGAAUGCUACGUAAUGUUGAAAAAAUGCAUCCGAAAACAUCAAUCGUUGAUCGAAUUCAGCGCUAAACUCGACGACAUUUACACACUGCCGAUCCUCAGCCACAUGGUUAUCUUUAGCGUGCUGAUGUGUUUCGACACGUACGAGGUCAUUCUGGCGGACGUAUCUCCCGGGACACGACUCAUUUUCUUCUUCCACAUGAUCGGCAGUUUUACCCACAUCAUUUUUUUCACGUAUAUCUGCAAUGGUUUAGUAGAGGAAAGCACGAAUAUUAGCACGGCAUCGUAUUCAGGAUGGUGGAUGAUUCUUCCAAUGACCGAAACAGGCAGGAAGAUACGGAAGGAUACGAGGAUAAUGAUCAUGAAAUCGAUGCGACCGUGUUAUCUGUCCGCCGGAGGAUUCUUUCCCGUCACUUUGGAAACAUCUACCGCGGUAUGCAGCAAUUUCUUUCUUUUAAUUCCAUUUACUCUAAAAAUACCACAUCUUGCAAUCCGGUACGAUAUUUUUCUAAUGAAAAUCGUAGGUCUGUGGCUAGCGGCGAAUCGAAAUGAACAACGUCGCAGAGAUUUCGCGCUUAUCUACACGGUCGGAGCGCUUUUCAUCAGUAUAUGUAUCGCGAUCAGAGAUAUCUAUCAUACUUGGGGAAAUUUUAGCAAAAAUUUCUGGCGUCCGUAUUACGAUCCACAAGAAAUACUAAUUGUAGCUGAUUGCAAACGAAUAUGCAACAUUUUCAUUAUUCUUAUGAUCUUUUGUACCCAAGGCACUUGUGCCGGUUACAUGGUAACACCGCUUAUAGCAAAUAUAGGAAGAAACGAAUCUGACAGAAUACUACCGUUCAAUUUGUGGGUCGACUUUCCUGUAGGAACGUCCCCUUACUUUGAAAUACUAUUUACUAUACAGAUACUCUGUGUGUACCAUGUCGGUGUGUGUUACAUUUGCUUCGACAAUUUGUUAUGCAUCGUUAAUCUUCACGUGGCCAGCCAAUUUCGCAUAUUACAGCAUAGGCUGAGAAGCAUAGAUAACGCGACGGAGAAUCAGAUAGAAGAAUACGAAUCGGAUGCAAGAUUAUCGUAUUAUACAAAUAUGUGUUGCACAAAGUUGAGAAAUUGCGUACAACAGCAUCAAAUGCUUAUCGAAUAUUGCAAAAAGUUGGAAAAUAUCUUUACGUUGAUCGUGCUUGCCCAGGUGGACACACCUACCUCAAAAAAGGCCAGUUUGGUAUUGAAUUUGUGUGGCGUUCUGUGUCAACUGUUAAUGUUCACGUAUAGUUGCGAUGAUUUGAUGCGGCAAAGUGUCAAUGUCGGCAAUGCUUCAUUCUCAGGACCAUGGCCAAUCCUUCCAAUGAACGAAGCUGGUGCCACUGUGCGAAAAGAUUUGCUAAUUAUUAUCAUGCGAUCGCACAAGAUUUGCUGUAUAACAGCUGGAAAAUUUUUUCCUGUUUCGCUGCAGACGUUUACCGGGGUUCUCAGUACGGCAAUGUCAUAUUUCACUCUGCUAAGGAAUACAUCUCUGGAUGCAACAAAUUCAUAA